AUGCCAAAGGAGAAUUUUGUUGUGCUUUAUCAAGAAAAUAGGCAUAGUAUUCGAGCAACAGCAAAUAAAUUUGAAAUCGAACCAAAGCAACUCGAGAAUGAACUUUUAGGAUGGUUUCGUGAGUUGCGAAGUCAACUAAAGACAGUGACCAGAUUUAUGAUUGGAGUAAAAGCUCGCAGUUUAGCUAACAAACAAGAAUAUCAUACUUUAUAUCCUGAUAUUCAUAGAUGUCAAUUUUCUCACAAAUAG